AGUGUAGGUUUGAUAACAGCCGAUUGGCUCCUUUAAAGCAACCCCCCCCCCCCCCCUUAGGCUGGUGGGGAGGGGCAGGAAGGGAGCAGCACUCGACUGCAGCCUGAACCAGCAGAGAGGAUGAGGAGACGCGAGAGGAGACGCGAGAGGAGCCCCGCACCAGGAGCACGGGUGUCCUGCAAGAGGGAGCACUGCCCACUCCGUCCUCUCUCUCCUCCCUCUCUGGAGUGAUGGAGCUGACGGGCAGGUGAAGACGGGCAGGUGAAGACGGACAGGUGAAGACAGGCAGGUGAAGCAGGCGGGUGCUGGUGCAGUAGACGGGCAGGCAGGUGCACUGGAGCUGCCGCUGGAGCUGCCACUGGAGCUGCCGCUGGGCCGGCGCAUGCUGCAGCAGGAGUGUUUGGGCGUAUCAGCAGCAGCAGCACUGCAGCAGAGGAACGAGUGGAGGGAGGAGAGAGACGGAGGACAGACAGAAGAGAGAGAGCGACGGAGGAGAGACAGACAGACGGAGGGCAGGGUUUUCCCCCUGAGAGCCCAGACUGCCCCAGCAGGUGCAGAUGGUGGGAGCAGAGCUGCCCCGUGUGAUCGGAUCCCGCCGUGGAUCAGAGAUAAGCCUGGAUGCUGACCUGAAGUGCAGGAAGUGACCUGAGAAGGCUUCCUUUCCCCGCCCCUGCCCCUGUUCCCUGUUCUGUACCCAUCCCCGACGCAGCAUGACCGUCGCCACAGCUGACCCUGUGGACGAAGCAGCUGCUCACCCGGGCCAAGGGGACAUUUACGACCCAGAACCGGACCAUGAGUGCUGCGAGAGAGUGGUCAUCAACAUCUCGGGCCUUCGCUUCGAGACGCAACUCAAAACUCUGUCGCAGUUCCCCGACACUUUGCUCGGGGACCCAAAGAAGAGGAUGCGCUACUUCGACCCUCUUAGGAACGAGUACUUCUUUGACAGAAACCGGCCCAGCUUUGACGCCAUUCUCUACUACUAUCAGUCGGGAGGUAGAUUGAGGCGGCCGGUCAAUGUAACUCUGGAUAUUUUCUCUGAGGAGAUCCGGUUCUAUGAGCUUGGGGAGGAAGCCAUCGAGAUAUUCCGCGAGGAUGAAGGUUUCAUCAAGGAAGAAGAGAAACCCCUGCCAGAGAACGAGUUUCAGAGGCAGGUGUGGCUGCUUUUCGAGUAUCCAGAGAGUUCUGGUCCUGCCCGGAUCAUCGCCAUCAUCUCCGUCAUGGUCAUCCUCAUAUCUAUCGUCAGUUUUUGUCUAGAGACACUGCCUAUUUUCCGCAACGAUGACAUUGACAUGCGAAAAACCUACCCGGGCAAUUCCAACUCUACAACCAGUUACACGUCCACCUACUUCACCGACCCCUUCUUCAUCCUGGAGACGCUCUGCAUCAUCUGGUUCUCCUUCGAGUUCCUGGUUCGCUUCUUCGCCUGUCCCAGCAAAGCAGGGUUCUUUGUAAACAUCAUGAACAUCAUUGACAUUGUGGCCAUUAUCCCUUAUUUCAUCACUCUGGGCACUGAACUGGCCGAGAGCCCAGAAGAUGGCCAGCAGGGACAGCAGGCCAUGUCCCUCGCCAUCCUGCGAGUCAUCAGGCUGGUGCGAGUCUUCAGGAUCUUCAAGCUUUCGCGCCAUUCCAAAGGCCUGCAGAUUCUGGGCCAGACGCUCAAAGCCAGCAUGAGGGAGCUUGGACUGCUGAUCUUCUUUCUCUUCAUCGGAGUCAUCCUCUUCUCCAGCGCUGUGUACUUCGCCGAAGCCGACGAAGCAGACUCGCAGUUCGUAAGCAUCCCUGAUGCCUUCUGGUGGGCUGUGGUCUCCAUGACCACUGUAGGAUAUGGAGACAUGGUUCCCACGACCAUCGGUGGCAAGAUUGUUGGGUCCUUGUGUGCCAUCGCUGGUGUGUUGACCAUUGCACUGCCUGUGCCUGUUAUAGUGUCCAACUUCAACUACUUCUACCACCGGGAGACGGAAGGAGAGGAGCAGGCACAAUACCUCAAUGUGACUAGCGUGCCCAAGAUAGACUCAACGGAAGAUUUGAAAAAGAGCCGCAGUGGCUCGACCAUGAGCAAAUCGGACUACAUGGAGAUCCAGGAAGCCGUGAACAACAGCCACGAGGAUUUCCGCGAGGAGAACCUCAAAACUGGCAACUGUACCCUUGCCAACACCAACUACGUCAACAUCACCAAGAUGCUCACUGACGUAUAGCUGCCAGGGAUUGACUUGCUCACGAAGGGAGAAUAGAAAACCGUUUGGCAGGGGAUUAACCACCCUUGCUUUAAAAAGGCUUUAGGAGCCUAAACUGCCAGAAUACCUGGAGAGGAGAUCAGAGAAGAAGCUAUCAGAGGCGAAGGAUUGAUAUGAAAAUAAAAGGACGUCUCCAUUGCUUUGCCCACAUUGUCCCUCCCUUAGCGUACGUACCGUACGUUUCUGGAGGGGAGUGUCCUGCAUCUCUGUUUUUAAGUGUCUGCAUGGAAUUAGUCUUAUCUGUGUUGACUGUUCCAGUAGUUGUCCUGCUUGUAACGGUAGCCAAAACGUAGCCAAACAAUAAUAAACAACAGUAGCAUAGAGAGAACAUUCCUGUGCCCCUUCCCUCCCAACUGCCAACUUGUAGAGAACUUUUCCUGCCCGAGGAAAACAAAGAAACAAGGGGAAACAUGAAUCGCCCAAAGAAUCGCGAUGCCAGGGGCGGGCGAUUCAUCAAGAAGAAAGAGUCGAAUUCCUGUGUGGAUAUAUAUGCUAAAGCUUACUGCCAGUUCUGCCAGCUUUUGAUGUGCGAUGUACCGUACGGAUGUUACAUUCCUGGACUCCUUGAAGGUCUGCAAGGCCGUAGUCCUGCCCUGUUGGCCCAUGGUUAUCUAUCUAUCUAUCGUUCGCUCUGUACAAAACCUUCCUCCUCUUUCAUGGCCAUGUGUACUUGAGUGAAAGUGAGGGAGGGGGAGGUGCACAAGCUCCACCACCCAUGCUUCUCCAUCCGUUGCUUGCGCUAAGCUCAGAAUAGGGUGGGAAAGUGGAGCGAAUGUCUCUCAGUGCAUCAUUUAUUCAUGGGUGGUGUUUUAUUUCUUUGUUUCCUUCGCUAGACGACCCCCUCCAGUUGUUGUACAGUUAGAAUGUGCACUCCUGGCUUGCAUGAUGGGACUUGUUUUUCUCCGGUCUCACUCUCGCUUUUCUUCUCGCUUUUCCCUCUCUCACUUUCACUCUCUCUUGCCCUCUCUCUCUCUUUUCUGGCUUGUGCCAAGCUGUAUUCCACUUCAUAUCAACCCUAAGAAACCUAAGAAGCAAGCGAGGAGUAAAGAUUGGAAAAGAUGCCUUGCUUUUGGUCUUUGUCGUCUUUGACGUCAUUGAUAUCUUCGUGUCUUCAUCCCUACAUAAGCUAACAUGCUAGCAUGAUCUUUCCAUCCCCUUCAUCCCGUUUCAGCAUGCCCUCCUCGCUUCCCAGCAUCUAUUUACGAACUUCAUAGCAUUCCAUGUUUGUAAUACAUAUCACAGCUGCUGUAUUUAGUCGUUGUUGUUGGGUCGGGUGAGUUUAGAAGCUCAGAGUGGGAUCGGGGUUUAAAGUUUUAAGAUUUUAGGAUUUUACUGUGCAAACUAGCUAGUUCUCUGAUACAGGUCACCAAAGAGACAACUCACUGCCACUAUACAUUACUUGCAUUGCGUUUGUUAUUUUAUGUGUCUUUUUCGUGUCUUUCACGAGUCUUAUCGUGUCUUACCUUGUCUUACCGUGUGUCUUAUCAAACUGACUCGAUCGUUUCUAAACAACUUCCAUGGUGCAUUUCUGCUCAUAGUCCGAUGCUGGAGAACUCAGUGAAACCUGUACGGAAAACAUGCUUCCUUAAGAGAGCUUUUAUACGAAAUAGGAACUAUUUUACUGCUGUAGUUGUGCAUGCAUGGUAAACAUUCCUUGUAGCAUGCAUGAGGUAAGAAUAAUACUUACUCACAAAUCUAGUAAUAAGUAUUCAUAUCUCUAUCAAUAUCUAUAUUUUUCUCUGUGAGAUUAACGGUAUGUGCAAUAUAUGAAUAAUCAGUGUUGUUUUUAAAGUCGUGAGAUUUUUGCAUACAGAAUUUUUAUGUUAUGGUACGAUGUCGCUCGGAGUACAAGUGUGUACCCAGUCCACUUUCAGGGUCUAACUGCAGGAAGGUUGUCUGUUUCUCUGUUAGAUAUAUAUAUAAUACGGCGUGUAAUAUACUGUAUACUGUAUACUGUAUACCGUACGUGGUUCGAGCUGUUCAAAGCACUGAAUCUAGAGAAAUAUAUAUAUACAGUAUAUAUCUGGAGGGGAAUGACUGAAGCCAGCCCAGUAUGUGAUCCGACCCCGUCUUGACCAUCUUUUUGUGAGGAGUUACUUUUUCAAUCUGAGUAAAAAUGCUUCCAAGUGUUUUCGCCGUGUCCGCAGUGUUGUCCCACGAGGACGGCGGUGGCUAUUUGGUUUCUUACACGACUGAGACUCGCUGAUUACAUUCCGAUACUUGGACAAGGGACCCCAAGUUGUGUUGGGUAUAAGAUCCCUGUUUUUUAUUCCAAAUUCGCUAAGUGUCCCAGUGUUCGAGAUGCAGUAUUCGCUACAAAACUGCCCCAAUUCCUAAAGCAGGAACGCAGCCUGCUGACUUUUAGUAGCACACUUAACUAUCAGCUCUUAACUAUUGCUGCAGGCAACAGAGUACCCCCUGGAAAUAGACUUGAACUAAUGCUAACACUCUGCUAACUAAUUCGGUAACAUAAAGUAAUAUAAGUUAAAACACCGAGCGAUCCCUGCCAAGUUUAGAUGUCUGUAAAUGUACCACAGAAGCACAAGUUAACCCAGCUGUAAAACGGCACUGCCUCAGACAGCACAGUUCCCUGCCGCCGGGCGAUAGCGGCGUGGCGCUAACGUCGUAAACUCCUCGUCCGCGAGAAGCUGUUCGAGUGCUGGCUCUGGAUUCCCCUUCUACUGCUGUAUCCCAGAACAGGGUGCUCCAUCCAAAUGCAGCACU